CAAGGAGACGAGCCAAGAUGCGGCGCGAGGGGAGGCAGCGAGGGUGGGUGCGCGUGUACGACCGCGACCUGGUCGACCCGGACGGCAAGCGCCGCGCCGCGCACGUCGUGGACGCCGACGGGCAGGCCGUGGUGGUGGCCAACGGCGGGUACGUCAGGGCGUCGCGGAGGCCGACCAACCACUCCAAGCCCGGCGGCGGCCGCGCGCUCGACGCGCGCUGCAGGAAGGCCCUCCGCGCGCUCGAGGAGGAGGAGGAGGAGGCGCCCCCGCCGCAGCCGGCCGCGCGGUACGGGUACUCGCCGGGAUGGUGGCCGCCGUCGUCGCCGUCCGGGUACGGGGCCGUCGCGCAGGCUCAGCCGGCGCCGGCGCGUUCGGGGGGAAAGGCGUCGUCCAAGGCGGGCCGCAACUUCAAGCACGGCAAGAUCAGCAAGACGUACUACCUCGACGAGGACGAGAUCGAUUACCUCUACAACUACGAUUCGUGAGCGGACGGAAGCGGGGAGCUGCAUUGUGGCUUUUUGUUUCUGUUUCUUUUUUUUGUGUUUGUUGAUCUCGAAUUAAAGGGGUUUAUUUUGAGCAGUGGAUCUCGAGGCUUUAUUUUAAUUCUCUCUCUCUGCAAGAAAUAAGCUUUAUUUUCA